AUGAAGGUUGAGGGUUUAGCUGAAGGCAGGGCUGGGGGUACCCCCUGCCCUGGUCCUGCCAGCCAGUGCUGUAUCUCGCGACUGCUAAGCGUGGUGGAGAGCGAGUUGCAAGCGGGGCGCGAGAAGGGGGACCCCACCGAGAAGCAGCUGAAGGUGACGCUCGAGGAAGCGGAACUGUGGCGGAAGUUUAAGGAAGUCACCAAUGAGAUGAUAGUCACCAAGAGCGGCAGGCGGAUGUUUCCGGUGCUGAAAGUGAGUGUAUCGGGUCUGGACCCCAACGCCAUGUACUCUUUCCUGCUGGACUUCCAGCCAGCUGACAGCCACCGCUGGAAGUACGUUAACGGGGAGUGGGUUACAGCCGGUAAACCGGAGCCUGCCGGUAAUGGUUGUGUGUACAUCCAUCCUGACUCACCCAACUUCGGAGCCCACUGGAUGAAGGCACCUGUCUCCUUCAGUAAGGUCAAACUCACCAACAAGCUCAACGGAGGUGGACAGAUCAUGUUGAACUCUCUCCAUAAGUAUGAACCUCAGCUCCACAUUGUGAGAGUGGGCGGAAGCCACCGAAUGGUCACUAACGUCUCUUUCAGCGACACACAGUUCAUCGCUGUCACUGCCUACCAGAAUGAAGAGAUCACCGCUCUGAAGAUCAAAUACAACCCGUUCGCUAAGGCUUUCCUGGAUGCCAAAGAGAGGAACCACCCGAACAGUCCAUUGGAGUCCCCAUUUGAUAGCCAUAUGGGAAUUCAACACUGUGGCUGGUUUCUGUCUAACCCAGACUCGCUGUGUUCAGGUGGGGGUCCUAGCUUCCCCUAUAGCGGGGGUCUGCCUCUCGCCCCCCCUCAUGGGUACAAGCACUACCCCCCCAGGCCAGCUCCCUACCCCCCCUCCUACCUGCCGCACCGCACGCACACUUCUGUCUCUCUGUCUGAGGGGCUACAGGUGUUGUCUGGGGGUCCUGAUGGCUGGUCCAGUGUCUCCUCCCCCGGCCCCUCCUCCUCAGCCCUACCCGUGGCCACACCCUCCUCACCCCCGUCCACCAAUAGCAGCAGCUUCACGGACCAAUCAACAGCGAGGGCCACCCACAGCCACCCAAUCACGUCCGGCUGGGCGGACCCGGUUGGCCACCUGUCUCCACCCAUUCCUACUAACAAACUAUGUGAUUGGUCGAUGCCCACAUGGGCAUGA